AUGAAAGAAGAAUCUUCCAGGGAUACGCCAGAAGGCUCGGCGGCUGGGGACGAGUCGGGCUCGAAGGCCAACCUUGCUACGAAAGAUCGCAAAUGCCAGUAUUGCCAACAAGCCUUCACUUCUUCGUCCCUGGGCCGACACCUUGAUCAAUUCCUGUUCAAGAAAAAGCCUGACGGUAUUCACGAUGUUGAAGAGAUUAGACGGAUUCGCAGUGGGAUCACCCGACGACAGGCUCGGACAUCUACGGGGAAGAAUGAGGGGAGCCCUGAUCGGAGCGAGAAAAAGGGCUCCUUGGACCCCCAGAUAGCUGCAGAAUCGAGCUCGAAGUCGCGCGAGGCUCCAGUGCGCAUGAUGUUCAACACCCCAACCUGGCAUGCGACUGGGGUUAUCAAUGAUAUCCCCAACCCCAGUCGCGCUCCAGAUGGGCCGCGUAUACCACCAUCGCAGUCUCGCACUGCAUCGCUACAAUUGCCGGAUUAUGCGAGUAGAGGUGCUAGCUCUAGUAACCCGGAUACCAUGCGGGCGCUGGAACUGGCACUGCGCGAAGUGCUUGACAACAUCAAAGCUGCGUCAUCUCGUGUACGGCCUCGAUUGUCUCCAUUCGAUUUCGACAUUCAAACCCAGACCUUUCCCUCCUUGUGUUUGCAGCUGCUGCCUCCCCCACCGAGCAUUUUUGCAACGAAUCCCUUCCCUUCCUCGACCUCGUUUCCGCUCCAACCUCCAGGUGCCGAGUACCUCGAUAUUGUUCGCCAAGCCCUGCGCUCCAAGGUGAGUCAGUGGCAAACCGACCAAAUUGCAGCAGACGCGACCGCUGCGCCACACGCGAGACACGGGAACAAUGGCGUGGACCCCAGCAUGAUAUAUCGCAGCGCGCAGCAACACGAGGAGAUGAGCCUGCGACACAUGGAACUAGCCUUCAAUCACUGGAAUUCGCUCCCACACGAGACUCGCCGUGACGCGUGGCAAUUGGAGAUCACACGCGCAUUUGCACGAGAGGCCGAGAAGCGCAAGUCCUCAGACGAGCAACUUGCCCGAGUGCAGCAGGAAGCAAACCAGCUGCGUGCACAAGUCGAGCGCCUGGGAUCGUGUCAGUGGCCUCGGGAGUUUGCAUUGUUCCCGCCAGAUACGCUACCCCUACCACGGCAGGUAGCACGGGAGCUAGACGCCCAGGACAGUCAUGUCAGUGCUGACUCGACACGAUGGGAUUAUGAUAAUGUUGUGGCAAAAUGGAAACGGGUCGUGAUGCACGAUAAGGGCAUGGGCCGCAUUGGGGUUGGAUAUGGAAACCCCAGUCCACUGGGGGAUCCAGAUCACAACCAGGCCCAGCAAAGCCCUGAUAUCCGGCCUCCACGACCCGGCGAAGAUACUACAUCUCACCCAAACCGCUUGCGUCCUUUGCAGUCCGCGGUAGCCAUGAGUCCAGAUGCAGCGGCUGCUUCUACUCCUGCCUCAUCUACCCACUAUGCCUCGCCUCAUUCUUACGUAGAUCCCCGCAGCCCGGCGAGUGGCCCACCCAGUGGCCUACCCCAGGUCGGUGGGUUACCACCGGCCAAGCGCCCACGACUCAUGAAUGGCUCAGAAGAUCCCUCCGAAUCGGGCCCACCACCCCAUGCCGCUGGUAAACUAUGGGGAUCGUCAACUCCCCAUCUAUCCAAUCUUGCAGCACCCUCGGGACAGACGCCUCCCUCCUCUCGGAAUUAG